GGCAGCAUGUUUUGGGACAAUUCCUCCUAUUCCUAGCAUCAGAGAAGUAGAGUCGUCUGGAAGAAAUAGGGAGCUUUGAAGAGGGAUGACUUUGCUGCGCCAGCCAAAUGCAAGAUGGUUUCAUAAAACAGAUAUGAACCUUUUCCUCCAGGCAAGCAGAGAGUGUGAAGUAGACGAUCUUGCUAGUAGAAUGGAAACAGUGAGGAGAUUGGGGUCAGAAAAGCCAGUUGUGAUCUUCAGCAAGAGCAACUGCUGCAUUUCCCAUGCUAUCAAGAUGCUGAUAAGAAGCUUUGGGGCGAAUCCUACGGUUUGUGAGCUUGAUCAUCACCCGAAAGGAAGGGAUAUUGAGAAUGCAUUGCUAACAUUAGGAUGUAAUCCUAGUGUUCCUGCUGUUUUCAUAGGGAAGCUAUUUGUUGGCGGUUCCACUGAGGUUCUGAGCCUCAACAUUCGAGGCAAGUUGAAACCAUUGCUUAUCGAAGCCAACGCUAUAUGGAUGUGAUUGUACUUAAGGCACCAUCUGCAUAUUUCAGCCUCGGUCUCUUUUCUGAUUCUGUUCCCUUUUUCCUCCCCUUUUGCAAUCUUUAGGUGAGAAGGGUUUUGUCAUGAAGAUACAGCAGUUGCACUAAGCCAACGUUUUGAUCAACUUUGAGUCUCUUUUAGCUGUGUAAUAAUAUCGAGUUAGAGUUAGAUAUGUCAGUGUGUAAGUGCAUUUACAGUUUUCCAGUAGUGCAAGGAGGAGAAACAACUUUAGGUGAUUAUC